GGCCAGCUUGCAACACGCACACAGUAGGAGUCCUACAUUUAGGCCUAAUCAUCGAAACAGUUUAAAAUAUAAAUUUCCUAUCACAAUUGACAGAAUAAGUCAAAGCAAAAUGGCAAGUCAAUAUGAAGAACUCCGGAACAGAAAUUUGGAGGACAACAAACUAAUGCUUAACAAACUUCUACAUGACCUGAAAGGAACCAUGCCUGUGAAGGUGGAGAGGCCAGCACGGAAAACUAAAUCUGCCAAAUCAACAGAAAUUCUUCCAACUAGACGGAAUCCCUCACGCCAUGCCAGAUACACAUCACAUUCAUCCAGACAGAGUCUCUCGCCGUACCACGUGGAUGAGUACGGUUUAACCAGCAUGAGACAAAGGCGGGGCUCAGUGUCCUCAUCCAUUUCAUCUUCAUCAUCCGCCACUUCGCCAUCAUCUUCACCAAAUAAACUGUUUGUACGGUUCGGGUUUUUCCAAAAAUCAACAGCACGACCAGAUGAGGCUGAAGAAACGGAAUCGAUGAACAGCGAUAAUGAUGAGGAAGAGUUUACUUUACCAAAGCGAGCACACAGAAUAAUUCAUGAUUCACGUCCGGCUGCAGACAUUACAGAGGACGAUUUAGCAAUGGUGGCUGAAAAUGUCCGAGAGAAGAAAUAUGACAGCUUUUAUGGAACAUCCUGUCACCAGUGUAGACAAAAAACCAAUGAUAUGAAGACGAUUUGUCGUUCAGGACACUGUUUGGGUGUGAGAGGACAGUUCUGUGGUCCGUGUUUGAGGAAUAGGUAUGGAGAGGAUGCCAAAGAGGCCCUGAAGAAUGAGACCUGGAGUUGUCCCCCCUGCCGGAGGAUCUGUAACUGUAGUUUCUGUAGGAAGAAAAAUGGGAAGGGCUGUACUGGGAUCCUCAUACACUUGGCCAGGCAACAUGGCUUCAGUGACGUCAAUGCAUACUUACAGAGCCUGAAGAGGUGAACAGCUUUGUUGGAUGGAUUGGAUAUUCAGAAACCUCACAGGCGUAGAAGUUUUUGGAAUAUGAAACAUAAACCAAACGAAUAAAACCACUGUAACGGGUUAAUUGUAGUGCUAUGUGUACUAUGUACUUUGUUUAUAUGAUAAAUGUUAAGAUGACCUAGUAUAGUAUCACUCACUCUAAAGUGGAAUGUGUUUUUUUGUUUUUUUAAUGGAGCAUUUUCACAGCAAUUCAACUCUUUAAUAUUAGAUACAUAGGAUCUGUGAGGUUUCCUCACACAAAAACAUUUUUGAUUAAUAUAACUUUAUAAUGUUUAAUGAAAAAACAUACUACAGUAUUUUCUUUUACCAUGAAUAUUACAUGCGUAUGCGAUUUUUGCAUUUUGAAAAUUGCGAGGUUAUCUUUUAAAUAUCAGUAGAAUGAUAAUGAGUUGGCUGAAAUUAAUUUCUCCUAAAUUUUGAUUACAUGUGAUUGAUUAUCAUGUGAAAACAGUGUAAGAUAAUUUUUAAAUUCAUUAAUUCUGCUUGUAUUCCUGAAGUAUUUACACAUGUUUUCAUGAAAAUAUCAUAUAUCUCUUUAUACUUUUAAAAAAAGCUCUUCAUAACAAAGAAAAUAAAUUAUCUGUGCUCUAAAAAUAAUAAUCUAUUUUUAUGAAACAGAAUUAGUAACAUUUUGUGGUCAUUCAGCAGAGAUUUGUGUAUGGUAGUAUACUAGGUGUGGUCAGCAGAGAUUUGUGUAUGGUAGUAUACUAGGUGUGGUCAGCAGAGAUUUGUUUAUGGUAGUAUACUAGGUGUGGUCAUUCAGCAGAAAUUUGUUUAUGGUAGUAUACUAGGUGUGGUCAUUCAGCAGAAAUUUGUUUAUGGUAGUAUACUAGGUGUGGUCAGCAGAGAUUUGUGUAUGGUAGUAUACUAGGUGUGGUCAGCAGAGAUUUGUGUAUGGUAAUAUACUAGGUGUGGUUAUUCAGCAGAGACUUGUGUAUGGCAGUAUACUAGGGCAGCAUUUGUAGAUCUGUACAUGGAAUGUAGAUAUUACUACCUUUGGCAUUUACUGUUGAUAUUUAACUUAAUUGCAACAGUUUGUUAAUUCCUGGCGAUCUUCUAUCUUAAAACAAGUAGAUUACCUAAUAUAUAUCAAAUGCUCAUCUUGGUUACAAAUUUGUAGUUCAUAAUCACCUGCCUGGAGGACUUAAUCUUGGUGUGGCGUCGUUUGUCUGACCUGAACUUGUCUUGGAACAUGUUCUCUAAUGGGCCAAGAGCUAUUAUAUAAGACUGGUAGAUUUUUGGGAUGAACUUAAGUUUGUGUAAAUAAAUUACCUGGACCAAUAUCCAAGAAAAAAUUUUUAUUUGGCUGGAAAGUUCACCGGAUGACACGUUGAACAUUUGCAAACACAUACAUGACCUUGACUCAUACUCAAGGUUAGAAGAGUCUAGGAAAAUUAGAAUUAUCAAAGCAGAGAAUACCUGAUUAGUGAUACAGACCCAUUGAACCUCUUUUCGUGUUUGUGCCAAAUGUCAUCCUUUCGUACAGAUGAACUUAAUUCUUGCUUCAAAAUCUGUUUUGUUUGCCUGUACAUAGCUGUGUACUCAAGGUUCUAGAGAAUUAUUAGUUGAUGUAUUUAUAGGAUACACAAAAAGAAAAUUAUCCUACAGAUAAAAAUUGUCAAGGUUUAUAUAAACAAUCACAGGUCUGUUAAGCAAUUUAUUACUAUAGAUUGUCAAUGAAAUUAAAUAUUGGAGGGAAGGAAGUACACAUUUCCAUUGAGGUUUAAAGGAAUUAUUCUAAUUAGGUGAAUGAUUCAUUUUUCUUCAGAAAGGGAAAUUCUUCUCAGAUUAUAAGUUAACAUUAUAUAUAUCCUUCACUGACCAUUAAUAAUUUGUAUAUGUCAUUUAUAAUUGAUAUAAAGCCAUAUAAGGUAUCCUGUAUUAUAUUUUAAAAAUGUUUUAUUUGGUAGCAGGUUAAUAGUAUAUUGUACCUAUACCUGAAUGUGGCUCAAAUAAAAUGGCAACCACCCGCUGUUGUAAUUAAGUGUAACAUAAAUAAAAUGGCAACCACUUGAUGUUGUAAUUCAGUGUGGCAUAAAUAAAAUGGCAACCACUCGCUGUUGUAAUUUAAUGUUGCAUUUCUGUAGACGAUAAUGUAAGUAGCCCUUUAUCACCUAUCAAAACAUUGUAAAUAGUGAAAGUUAAAUAGAUAUAUACUGUUGUCAGCUAUUGACAAUAUUCACUAUUGUCAUGACAAUGACAUUGUAAAUACUGUUGUCAUGAAAAUAUUCACCGUUGUCAUAACGACAACAUUGUAAAUACACUGUUGUCAUGGCAAUAACAUUGCAAAUAGUGAAGAUCCAGAGACAUAAACAUGUUCUAUUGUAAAUAAGAAGCCAUGUUUAGAAUUUCUGUUUUGAAAUGAUUUCAUUAUAUGAUUGUAUUUAAUACAAGUAGAUUGAUUUGUAUGAGAUCAUAGCAUAUGCUGUGAUUAUUAUCUUGUGUACAUCUGAAGAGUACUUAUCUAGAGGUAAAGCGAAUAGUUUUAUGUGGUAGUAUUCCUAAGAACAGGGAUGCUCAAGUGACUCCUUCAUAAUGAUCAAAUCUUUUGACGAAAUAUCACUGAUUAUUGUUGAGAUUAUGCAUCACCAAUGAUCAAAAUGUUUUUGUUUUAAAAACUUACAUUUCAGGAUUAAAAAUCUUGUAAAACUAAGACCACCAUUUGUAAAUAGUAUUUCCAAUGUUAAAACUGUUUUUAAAAAAUUGUAUUUUUGUUACUCUUUUAAGAGAAUGUUUUAAACCAACCAACUUAUUUUUGUAUACCUUGCUGGUUUUAAUUUCCUUCAAUGACAAUAAAUAUUUUUUUACUCAUUA